AAUGACAAUGUAAAUUUUUGACAUUCAUUUCAAUUCGUUUGGUGUUUUCAGAGAAAUUCAUAAUUUGUCUAAUUCGUCUAUUUGUGUUGCGUUUUUAAUUUUAACAGUUUUUUUAAAACAUAAAAUUGAAGAUCCCUUACUUAAAUUGACAAAGUUUUGCAUUUGCAAUAUUAUAACUAACAAUGGAACUGUCUGCAGAGGGCAAAACCCCGGAGUAUAUGGCUCUUGCGGGCAUAAAAUUUAAACUUUCUUUGCCACAAUUUAAAGAUAAUCCCCAGUUAAAAGAACAGUUGUUUGAAGGCAUUAAAGCGGGUAAUAUGGCUCCAUAUUACAAAGAAGUAUGUACAGAUUUGGGAUGGAAAUUGGACCAAAAUUUGUAUGAUGAGAUGGCAAAAGAGAAUCUUAGUAGGCUGUCAAAAUUCCAAGAAGAUGAUUCGGAAACUCCAGUAUGGCAAGAUCGAUUGGACUACUUGUGUUCUAUCGGAGAUAAAGAAGCCGCGACAGCACUGGCGACAACUAAGUAUGAAGACUCCACUUUGACUACUAACAGAAGAUUAGAUGCCAUUUUCGCUUUAUUCAGGAUUGCUUACUUCCAUGGUUGUAAUGUUAAAGAUAUGGGAAAAGCUAUAAACAAGGCACAUGAAUUAGUAGACAAAGGUGGAGAUUGGCGAUCAAGGAACAAGCUGAAGGCAUAUGAAGCAAUUUACUGCCUUGCAGUGAGAGACUACAGUCGUGCAGCUGAAUUGUUUAUUGACUGUGUGUCUACAUUCGAAUCAUACGAGUUGGUUGAUUUUGGUACAAUUAUUCAGUACUGUGUCCUUGCCUGUGCCUUGGCAUUGGAGAGACAUGCUCUUCAGGCAGCACUCCGUAGACAAGGAGCUGCAGUGCAGGCUUUGAGGUCCAGGUUCCCUGAGCUUCGGGAACUUGUGGAAUCUCUACAUGAGUGUCGUUACGCUGACUUUUUGAAAAGUCUUGCCUGGGUGGAGACACAGAUCUGUGUGGACCCGGUGUUCCGGCCCCACUACCAACAUUACGUGCGUGAGGCUCGCAUCAAGGCUUACGUGCAGCUGCUGCGCGCUUACCGCUCACUCAGCCUGGACAACAUCGCUGAUACAUUCGGUGUCACCAGAGAGUUUGUGGAAGAGGAAAUUUCUACGUUCACGGCAGCGGGUCGUCUGCAGUGUCGUAUUGACGCGGUUGCGGGGUGUGUGGUGACGGGUGCGGGGCGCGGCGCUGACGCCGACCGCUCACACCUCUACCAGGCAACCAUCCGAGAGGGCGAUCUGCUGCUCAAUAGAGUCAAGAAACUAGCAAGCGUUAUCAACUUUUAAACGAAGAGCGAAUUGUUCUCAUUUAGCAUCUUUGUGUCGAUAUUUGAUUCGCUAAAUAUUGUAAUUUUUAUGAAUUAAAUGAUACUGAAAUUAAACUGUUUUAUAAUU